CUUCCUGCAGGCUCCUGGGGACUCAGAGGAGCUUCCCAGCAGCUUCUACUGAAGCCAGUCCCCAACUAUGGCCGGGGAAUUUGGGUGGCAGGAUACGCCAUGAAGUUGUUUGCGGCCUGCCAGUAAACCCAAAGCAGAAGAAUAAGAAGAAGUGACGUCAGCGGGUUCAUUUGCGUAAUCUUCCCUCAGGAACUUAUUCUGGUGUGAACGCGAUCUGCUCUUUAGUUCCAUGAACUAACUUUGCUUAUCAGGUGACUUUCCUCCAUACUUUUAGAAUGUCUGAAAUGAAAUGGAAUGUAGAAUACUUUGAAAUUGAAUGUAGAAUACUUUGAAAUGGAAUGUAGAAUGUGUCGGUAUAGACCAAAGCACAUUCCGGAAUGUUCUCUGGUUAAAUAGCUACACAACUUAUUUGCAGUUUGUGCAGGACGAUAACAAGCCAGGUUUUAUCCCAGCCACAUCGAGUUCACAUUAUCAGUAAGAAGCAGCUAUUUCUUCACGAUGAAUAAGAUGGACAGAGUAAGAUCAGUUUUCAACAAGACGUUCAACAAGUCUCGAUGGCUCCGAAAGAAUUGUCCAUCUGAGGACAGUUCUGUUGAGGAGGAGAUCAAGGAGGAAAUUGAGGAGGAAAUCCUGGAGGAAACCAUGGCGGAGGUGCAGGAAACCAUGGAGGAGGUGCAGAAAACCAUGGAGGAGGGGCAGGAGUUUACAAACAAGGUGGAGGAGGAAGUUGAGGAGGUUCAAGAGGAUAUUAAGGAGCAGACCUCCAUCUCCAGCAACAGAGAAAACUACAGCGACACUUCCUUUGCUGAGGUAAGAAUUCAAUUCAGUGGCACACAUGUCUACAAUUACACUAAUGAAGACUGUAAAAAAGCUAAUACUCAACGCUUUAGUUUCUUUACUAAAGUUUUUCAAAAAAAUCAAUCAAAAUAGUAAAUCAUCUUUAAUGCAAUUGAUCACAGCAUACUUGUUCACACCCAUUGAUGCAGAGUUAACUCCACUUCUGUUUUCUUAAUAAAAAACACUGCACAUAGACGACACAAUAAUAAUUGUUUUAUGUUUCACAGACAGAGGACUCUGAAAGAUCUGAGAGAUAUGACAAAUCAUCUGGCCUUCAGGAAGCCCUGGAUGAGGAGAGAAAAGCCAAAGCAGAGGAGCAAACAAAAAGCAGCUCACUGCAG